GUGAAGUGACAAAUGUUGAGAUUUUAAGUUAUAUUCUCUUACUUACAGAAGGAGAAGAUUUGGCAAAUUCUAUCCAAGGAAAAAGUGGUUAUAAAACAGAUGUAGGUUUAAGUGGACUGGUUAUUGAUAUUCCUUUGAACAAAUCUAAAUUUUAUUGUGAUGUUCAAAGGAAAAUCAGUGAUCAUCCUGAAUCAAGUAGAUAUUUGAACAUUAAUGACAGAGAAAUUUUGAGGACAAAGAGAACAUUGAUUUAG